GUUAUGCUUACUCACCCUUUCCACGUUGGUCUACAUAUUUUCAGCUUUGGAAAAAUGUAAUAUUAAACUAUACAGCAGAAGUACCUCUUAGUGUCAGAGCGCAACAAACACAAUUACUUCUAAAGUAUGGUCUUUCCGCACCUUUCUACACAUUUUUGUG